UCUAGCUCAUCUGAGCAUGGUCUCACUAUGGAUUGUGAUGAGCUGGAUCCUUUCUCCAGUGAAAGCCUCUGGAGACUCUCUAAAUUCAGCAUAGAAGCUCUACAGCCAUUGGGAUCACUACCAUCGCUACCAUGGAACACUACUCUAAGUGAUGAUGUUACAUCUGGCUUUGAGAUAUUCCCGCAGCCCAAAGAUAAGAUCGACCCCGUAUGGAAGCUGGAUCUCUUUCCAACCGGCUUAGAGAAGCCCGAAUCAUUUACCGACUCGAUCAUCGAUCCCUCCAUAGACGGCGAAUCUGACACCACAGGUGAUUCUUUAAGAGACAUCAUAGGUGAUGAAAACGACAUAUGGUCCUUGGAUUUAAUUCAGGAAGACCCUGGUCAUCUACCCCCGCAGAAAUCAUGGGAGAGGUAUCAACAUAGGUCUUUCCAAGAGCCUGUGUCUGUUUACAUUAGUGAAUCUGGGGCGAAGGGCUUCGAUGCAGCUUUGGCACAAAAAAACAUGACGAAAAGAGAUGGUGGACCAGAUCGAAUGGUUCGAACAGAUGUGUUCAUUCGAUCACUGCUUCGUCUUGGGCUUGGCUGGAGCUCUGCAUUCUUUCGCUACGAUCAACGCACCAACCAAUUUGAAAGAUAUUUGAAGGAUGUCCGGAUCUCCGGAAUUAGCUCAGCGUCAUUGGAAAAUGUGAUUGAAUAUAUGGUACAAUGUGGUACCCACAUGCAGCGCAUGCGGUUGUUUGCGCAAACCCCGCCAGCCAAAUGCAGAGAACUUUCUGCUUUGUUUACAUUAAGCAGCACGGUGGCGGUAAUAAUCUUCAACCUUGAACAACAGAUCUCCGAUCAUUCAACAAAUAUUGCAUCACUCCUACAAAUAAAGGCACUAUUCCACCGCUGCGGGGACGUGAUAGGUGUCCUUGCAGCUAUUGUUGGUGCUGGCCAAACGGCUGUCUCGGACGCACAAGUCAUGUCAAUUGUCAUGGAACGUGCAGCAUUUUUUGCCCAGAAAUUUGGCUGGAUGGAGAACCUUUUGCAUGAGAUUGUGAUUCGAGUGAUCCGGCCAUGGUUCAAAUUCAUCGAGACUUGGAUUGGACUUAGACCCGAAGACACAGCUCUCAAAGAAUCCAUGACAAGCGGCAAAACCUUCGUCCGACUGGAAACUCAUGACCGUGGCAAGUUCAAGACUGGGCCAGCGCGAAUCGACCACAUCUAUCAAGCAGACCACAUGCCGUCUUUCAUCCCGGCCGACCAAGCCCGUUCCAUAUUUGAAAGUGGACGAAGUCUUCAACUCUUGAAACGAUCCCAUCCUCGUCAUCCCAUCGCACGGCGUGAUGUUCUCUUGCGAACUGGUGGUCUUCAUCUGCAUUGUGGAACCACUUGGGCUGAUAUUGAGCAAAUUCAAACAAAAGCCCAUAAGUACGAGUCAAGCCUACGCGCUGAGAUCAAGAAAUAUCAUAAGGGUGAUGCGGGCUUGAACGAUUCACCAUCAAACGUGGUCACCCAGAGUGUCGAUCAAACCGUCGGCACUGAAGUUACAACCGCAGCGUUUGAACUCUUCGACAUAGAUGAUGAAAGAAAUGCUUCAGAGCCAAUCACAGAUCACAUGGCUCUUUCAAAAGAUGAUCUUAAGCAACUGCUCGAUAAAGCGCGGGGCUACCUCCGUCCUGAACUGACAUCUGGCCUCCAUCUAUCUCUUGCGCCCAUCCUUUCGUCACAGGCACUUCUCAUCGACUACUCUUGCCUACACCUCCUCUUCAAAGAACAUCGAAUUCGCCAUCAUCUAAACAUGCAAUGGCGCUUCCAGUUGCUGGGAGAGGGCUCAUUUGUCGCCAGCCUUUCUAAUUCCCUAUUCGACCCAGAAAUGGAAAGUGGAGAGCGAAAGGCUGGGAAAGUGCGCAGUGGUGUUCACACCGGUUUACGCCUCGGCAGUCGUGACACAUGGCCGCCAGCUAGUUCAGAGUUGCGACUCGUGUUGAUUGGCCUGCUGGGAGAUUGUUACUUUGGCAGCACAAACACAGAGGAGGACGAGAAAACCGACAUGCAAAAGGAUAACGAGUUGCCGGGUGGCCUGAGCUUCGGAAUUCGAGAAUUGACAGACGAAGAAAUCGAACGAUGUAAAAAUCCGAAUGCAAUAGAGGCUUUGGACUUCCUUCGUUUGCAGUACACGCCGCCUGAAGUCCUUGAAUCCCUCAUUACUGCGCGCUCUUUGAAUAAGUAUGAUCGGCUCUUCAAGCAUUUGCUUCGGUUAAUCCGCAUGGUUUCUGCCGUCAAAGGACUCGUCCGGGAUUCUACUGCUCGAGGAUCUCUAUCAGGAGACACACACAAUGUAUACCAAAAGUUCAGAGUUGAUGCUCAGCACUUUGUCCUAGCGGUCAGUGAUUACUGCUUCCACAUUGGCAUUGGAUCCAUCUGGCAGCGCUUUCAAGACACCCUUACCAAGAUCGAGCACUGCCUCAACCGCGGUGAUAUCGACGGCACGAUUGAAGCAGCGCAUUCGGUACCACGACUUCGCGAUUAUCACGAAGACAUGCUUGACCAGAUGCUGUUCGCGUUAUUCCUCAGCAAGCGCCAUGCGCAGGCGGCCAAACUUCUUGAAUCCAUUUUCGGCACUAUUCUUGGCUUCGGCCUUCUGUCAAGAGCAGAUGGAAUCGGAAUGCGCAACGAAAGUGAAGGAGCUGUUCUCCACCUGUAUCAGUCUUUCAGAAAACAGACCUCCGCCUUUGUCAACUACCUUCGCAGCCUGGAGUCCGGAAAGGCCACUUCGAAACCAAUGGCCAAAUCAGGGGAAUUCUUCUCUUCGCGGACAGACCUGACCAGUGUCUUUGAGCAUCUACGGGUGAGACUAGACGUCAAGAACUACUAUUGA